UACAUAUUUUGCUACGUAAUAUUUCUCUUUCAAAUGGUAAUAGAUCUGUAUGUAAAAAGCGAGCCAAUCGCAUAAAAGACAUACAAUUACGAAAGUAAAUAAUUUAAUAUUAAAAAAAUUGUUUACUUUUUUGUUGAAUGAAUUUGCAAAUAAUAGCCAUAAUUUACAAGAAAGUCUGCCUUUUCUCUCUUGAAAAUUACAACCGUAAUUAAAUAUAUAUUUACAAUGUGUUUCUAGUUUUAUUAACGAGAAAGCUUCAAAAUGGCGACAAUACAAAAAAAUUCGGAAUUUGUUAUUUUCGUAACACAUGUGGAAGCAGAACAUCAGUUUUUAAGGAUAUGGGGUCAAAUAGAUAAAAAUUCUGCAACUUAUGUUGAAAGAAUGAUCUUACCUCUUUUUGAAAAAUUUGCGAUAGGAUCUGGAUAUCCAGAGUUACAAGAAGGACUAUCUAUUAAUGCUUUAUGUUGUGCAAGAUUUCAAAAUGAUGGUUACUAUCGUGCUAGAGUAUGUAAUAUAUGUCCAGAUGGUAAGGUGGUAUUACAAUUCAUUGAUUAUGGUAAUAUUGAAAUCUUACCACAACAUGAAGUAUAUUUAUUGAGGAAUAUACCUGGAUCAGAAACACUACAAUCAUUUCCACCAGUAGCAUAUGAAUUUACAUUAGCAAACGUUAUACCUAUUAAUAAUGUUUGGGAUAAUAAAACAAUAGAAACUAUUAAAAAAAUAUUACGAUAUAAUGAAUACAAAGCUUGUUGUCUUUCUACUGUUAGAAACCACACUUUUAUUAAACUAUAUUAUAAUAAUGAAGAUUUUGGAGAACUCUUAGUAAAAAGACAUAUGGCAAUGGAUGCUACGAUACAAGAUUUAUUCAGAUCACGACAUAUACAACAAAUAUCGCCAUAUCACAUGCAAGAUAGAAGAAUGAUAAAUGAAACUCGUAUAGGCACACAAUCUAAUUCAAAUCCUGCUUUUAAUACAAUGCAAGGUCAAGGUACAUGGCAGAAUGUUUCUACACCUUACGUACAAACACAAAAACUUGUAACCCAUACACCAAUUCAGGAAGCAUUAGUAUUUAAAUCAAGAGUUUUAGAUGUUGGUUCUAAAUAUCAUGUAUAUGUAUCUUUCGUUGAAGAUGGGCCACAAAAGUUUUCUGUUCAAGUUCAAAGUACAUCAGAAAUAUUGACUAAACUUAUGAGAGAUAUCAAUUCUCAUCCAACGGAACCCUUACAAGAACCUCCAUUACCUGGAUCAGUAUGUUUAGGUCGUUACACAGUAGAUAAAGUCUUAUGCAGAGCAGUAGUAAUGGCUGUAAUGGAAAAUAAGUGUAAAUUAUACUAUGUUGAUUUUGGUCAUUCUGAAGUAUUACCAUAUACAGAUAUCUUUCAAUUACCACCACAAUAUAUCAAUCCUAGAGUACUUUCAAUCAGAUUUACAUUAAGUGGAGUGAAGGAACUAAAUGUUACACCAGAAAUGACAGAAUAUUUUAAAAAAAUAGUAUCAGGAAGAUCACUUGUGUUACAUGUCCGUCCACCAGAAGGUCCACCACUUAUACAAUAUGGAGAUUUGUAUGAUAAUGAGAAAAAUAUAAAAGAUAUUCUUAGACAAGCAUUUGCAGUUCCAAUAGUGUCAAAUAUGGUUGUAUAUAAAGAACCACAACAAUUAUCAAAAGGUGCAGAAAGAACUGUACAUGUUUCUUUUGUAGAAAGUUGUAAAAAAUUUUUUGUUCAACUCAAUAAUUCUGAUAAAUCUCUUGAAUCCAUAAUGAUUUAUUUGGCUGAUUAUGUUAAAACUGCGCCUAUUUUGCAUCCAAAUCAGAUAUCAGUAGGAACACCUUGUGCUGCUCUUUACGAAUCUCAAUGGUACCGUGCAAAAAUUCUUAAUGUUGAUGAAGACAAAAUAAGAAUCUUAUAUGUAGAUUAUGGCAAUGAAGUAACUGUAACUGCAGAAUCUUUGCGUGUAAUUCAUAAUGAUUUAGUAACAAAGCUACCAGCACAAGCAAUAAAAUGUAUAUUAAGGGAUUAUGACACAUUACCAACUGGUGAAGAAUGUUACAAUCAAUUUGAAAUGUUAAUUUUGGAGAAAUGUCUAUACAUGGCAGUUAUCGACGUACUUCCUGGUGGUUUAUUGGUUGAUUUAUAUGAUCCUGAGAUUAGGGAUGAUAUAAAAAAUUUAUUACAUCGACUUUUCCCUUCAGAGAAAAAUUUAAGUAUUAAAUCAAAUUCCCAUGAAAGUAAAUAUCAAAGUUCUAUAAAAGUCCCUAAAAAAAUGCAAAGGUACUAUACAAAGAUUCCAUUAAAUAUAAAAACUCAAGUAAAAAAUAAAUCGAAGAAUAUAAAAGAAAUACGUGAUAAUGCAAAUAAAGGGAAUAAAAUAAAUCAGGAAGAACCUACAAAAAACAUGUCAAUUGAACAUACUAAAUCAAAACCUUGGAAAAAUGACUUAAAUGGAGAAAAACAAGAUAAUAGAUAUGAAAAAUCGAAUUCCUUCCAUGACACAUCAAGAAAUGAUCGAUCUAGUAAAGAUGGACUUAAAAAUAACAAAACAAUAAAGGAUGAGCCGUAUAAUAAACGAAAUUAUGAUUCAAAUUCGUUUUAUAAGGUUGGAAGAGAUUUUCGCUGCAGAGGUAGAUCUUUCGGCAAUGAUUCUAAACUCAAUCGCAGUAGUGGUUUUGAUAAAAACUGGAGCGAUAAAGAUUCUGAUACAUCAUCCAGAAGUAGUGGUAAACGAAUUAGAGGUAGUGGUCCUAAUCGUCGUAGUCGUGGAAGGUCUCAUACAGAAGGAGUAUCAGCAAGAUUACACAAUAGCAGAUGGAACGAUAAUGAUAAUGACAAAGAAGUUAACAAAAGUGGAAAAACAAAUAGUCAAUAUAAUCAAAAAGUGCAUCAUUCAAAAGAUAGAGCGAAUUAUAAGAAUAAUGUCAUAUCUAACAAAGAGAGUUCUUCCGAAUCUAGGGAUAUGUCAAAGAAUUUAGGAACAACAAAUAAUAGUAUGCAAAACGAUAAAAAACUUCAACUAUCAAAAUUAAAUUCAAAGAAUAUUGAAAUACCUUCAUUAAAUGUUGUACUUGGAGCUAUUAGAACGUGUAUGACAGUUUUCAUAAGUAGUCCAACUGAUUUUUAUAUUCAGUUAAAUCCUAAUUAUCUAGAAUUAAAUACUCUUAUGGAAAAUAUUGCAUUGACGUAUGAAAAUGGUGGAGAUCCCUUAAAACAAUCGGAUAUAAAGCCUGAAAAAUAUUGUAUUGCUCAAUACAGUGAAGAUCUUAAAUGGUAUAGAGCUGUUAUUAAAUCUGUAGAAAAACAACAAGUAAUUGUACAAUUUAUAGAUUAUGGAAAUAUAGAAAUAGUUCAUUUAGACAAAAUCAAAACAAUCCAAGAGCAAUUUUUGAAACUACCAAUACAGACAAUUCAUUGCAAAUUAUUUGCAGCAAAAAAUCAAAUAUGGGAUUUAGAUACUAUUGAAAACUUCUCAAAGAUAACUGAUGGAAAAGUUUUAGAAAUAGAAUUUUUAACAAAAGAAAAUAAUAUUUACGAAGUUAUGCUACGUGAAAUUGUUGAUGGUAUGCCAGAAUUUAUAUACAUAAAUGAAAUUUUUUUUGACGGUACUGAUCUAAUGAAAGUUAGAGAGAUAGCAUUAAAUCAAAUAAAGCAAAUGGACAUAGUAGAACAAACUAACGAAUAUGAUUAUAUACCACCUAAUUCAAAGUGGAUAAUGGAACAGUUUGAGCUUGGAUCUCACAAAGAUAUAAUCAUUACAUGGUUUAUAAAUCCUAAUAAUUUUUAUUGUCAAAUACUUGAUAAAGAGGUUGAAUUCAGAAACAUGAUGAAUGAAAUACAAAGAAUGUAUGUUAGUAGAAAGCCUGUUACAUAUACAUUGCAGAUAGGUGCAGCUGUAAUAGCUAUAUUUUCUGAAGAUAAAGCAUUAUAUCGUGCUGAAAUUAUUGAAAGUAAAAAUGAUGAAUAUAUUGUGCAAUAUAUUGAUUUUGGAAAUCGUGCUUUGGUAAAUAAAAGUGAUAUUUAUCAAGUUGAAAGAAAAUUAAUGCAGCUUCCGAAGCAAGCAUACCAUUGUUCUUUGCAAAAUAUUAAACCUUUCAUAGGUUCAAAAUGGUCUGAAGUUAAUACACAAGCAAUUGAUGAUUGUUUUAAUGCUGAUAAAUAUGGAUGUUUAUUUCAUAAUAUAGAAAAUGACAAGUAUAUUGUUUCAUUGAAUAAUUGUGGACAAGAUGUUGCUGAUAUAUUAGUAAAUAAAAAUCUAGCAUCUUAUGCUGUAGCAAAUACUAUCAUGCCUACUGAUGAAAAUUCAACUACUGAAUUAGAUAAACCUCUUUAUAUACAAAAAAUAGAUACCAAUCUUUUAAAUGGACAAAUAUUAAAAGUAAAAGUUUGUAAUGUGGAAAGUGCAAGCAAAUUUCAUAUUGAACUUUCUUCAAUUAUGGAGAAUAGCAAUGAUAAACGUAUGAUUAACAAAAAUUUCGAGAUGUUAACUGAUAAACAGAAUCAACCAAUAGAAUGCUGUCUUCUUAAUGCAUCAUCUUUUGAAAUGAAUAAAAAUUGGAAAGAAAUGAUUGAGAAUAAGGAAUUGAUUAUGUAUGUAGAAGAAGUCAAUAAUAACAGGCUUAUCGUUAAAUUAUAUGAUUUGAUGGGUAAUAAUAUAAAAAGCCAAAAAGAUACAGAUGAAAAAAUAUAUCCAAUUUGUCCAACGCCUAUUUUAAAUCAAACUUAUAAAAUAAUAGUAUUAUAUAUAGAUCAUUCAGGAAGUAUUUGGCUACAACGUAGUGUAGAUUAUGAAAAAGAUAUACACUUAAGUCAAGCAUUGGAAAAACAUUACGCUAACUGUGGAAAAACAUUGAAACCAGAGGUAGAUAUGUUAUGUGCUGUAAAAAGUGUAGAUGGUUAUUGGAAUAGAGCGAAGGUCAUUAAAUUCACUGACAAGAGUGUUUAUGUCAAUUUUAUUGAUUAUGGAAAUACACAAGAAGUUAGUAUCGAAUCGCUGAUGGAAUUGGAUCCACAAUUUUUUGUACCAUACCAAUUAGCAAUUAAUGCUUCAUUGACAGUUACUCUAAAUGGUACAUUAUCUGAACAGAUAAAUAUAUUACAAGAUCAAUUAUUUAAUAGAAACCUUACUGCAAAUUUUUCUAAUGUAAACAAGAAGUGGAUAGUUGAAUUAUUUGAUAACGAAGAAAAGAUUAGCGAUAAAUUCCGUUCAUUGAAUUUAGUAAAACUUUCAGCUGAAAAUGAGUCAAAAAAUGAUCAGUUAAUAGCUGGUAAAAAAUAUAAUGUCUGUGUCUCUCACAUUGAUUCUCCAAGUCAGUUUUGGAUUCAAUUAACAAAUGAGGCUGAAAUUCUUAGACAAAAAUAUCUAGAAUUACAAGCUGAUAUUUCUACGUGUCCAUUAAUAGAUAGCAUCUUAGAAGAAAAUUCUCUUUGUGUAGCAGUUUAUUCUAUUGAUAAUAUGUGGUAUAGAGCAGAAGUUCUUGAUGCCGAUGAAGAUAUUACAACAGUACGAUUUAUUGAUUAUGGAAAUACAGAUGUAAUCGAUAACAAAUCAGGAAAUAUUCGAACAUUGACAGAUAACUUAAAAUCAAUGAAAAGAUAUGCAACCAAAUCUAGAUUAGAUAUUAUUCCUGUAGAUUCUGAAGAUUGGAGUGAAGCGACUUGUGAUCGUUUUAGUAAUUUAGUAAUGACAGCUAAUUCUUUAGAAGCUUUAAUAAUUGCUGACAGUAUACCAAAACGAGUUGAACUAUUCGUAAAUGAUAAAAGUAUCAGUGAAAUAUUAGUUGAAGAACACCAUGCUGUAAGAAUAUAUGCAGAGCAAGAUCUGAUAGAUGAAAUAGUAGAGUUAGAAUUAGAUCCACAUUCUGCGUUUGUGAGUCAUAUUAAUUCACCAAGUGAAUUUUGGGUUCAAGAAGAGAAAUCCAUUGCUGACUUAGAAGUAAUGUCUGAUAGAUUUAUGGUUGCAGAUAUGUUCCCUAAAGUAGAUGAGAUAAAAGAAAAUUUAUUGUGCGUUGCUAAAUUUCCAGAAGAUGAACAAUGGUAUAGAGCACGUGUAAUAUCUCACAAUAAUGGUGAAACAAAAGUUAUAUACAUUGACUACGGAAAUUCAGCUAUAUCUACUGAAAUUCGUGCUAUUCCAGAGGACUUAGUAAAAAUAGCACCUUUAUCUCGAAGAUGCUGCUUGGCUCUUCCUGAAGGUGUAACUGAGUGGUCUAACGAAGCAUGUCAAGAAUUUACAAAAUUAGCAGCUGAUGGCGCUACAAUAUUUCUUUUGGAUGUUUUGAAGGAACAAGAAACAUCAUUAGUAAGACUCACUUUAAAUGAGAAAAAUAUAACAGAUUUAUUAGCUAUUUUUUGUGAACAGCGAAUAACGAAUAUAGAAGAAAGAUUACCACCUCUUGGAGAAGAAAAUUCACCAAAUGUUGUAGUAAGUCAUGUUAAUACACCAGCUGAAUUUUGGAUACAAGCAGAAGCCAGUAUUGCUGAAUUAGAAGUAAUGUCGGAUCGUCUACAAGCUGCACCCAGCUUUCUUCCAUUAACAAAUUUAGAGAAUGGAACUAUUUGUGCAGCUAAAUAUCCAGACGAUGAACAAUGGUAUAGAGCAAAAAUAUUAUCGCAGAAUGGAAAUGGAGUGAAUGUUUUAUAUAUAGACUAUGGCAAUACUGCCAUUAAUACAGAAUUAAGAAUACUACCUGAAGAUAUUGUAAAUAUUCCUACAUUAUCCAAAAGAUGUGCUCUACAAAUACCACAUUAUACUUUAUCUUGGUCUGAAGAAGCUUGUAAAACUUUUAAAGAUCUUGCUGCUGAUGGAGCAACAAUGUUUCAAUUCGAAAUUCUUGACAAUGAAGAUCCUAUGCAUGUCAAAUUAAGCAUAAAUGGAAAAGAUAUUACAGAAAUUCUUUUACCUUUGUGCAAAAAUAUUAACACUAAAUCAGAAGAAUGUACAGUAGCGGAACAGAUAACUAAUAGCAAUAUAGAAUUAUAUAAUAAAAUAAAAAAUACGAAAGAAAAUCCUGAAAAAUUGAAUGAGUUAACACAAAAAACAACCAAUAUUAUUAUAUCUUCUGUUAACGAAAAGAGUUCAGUAGAAUUACUAGAACAAGAACAUAUUCAUGAAUCUAUUAUUGCAUCAAUAGAGGAAACAGAUUCUAUUACUAAUGUAACAGAACUUACUAUUGAUGACAUAAUAAAGAAUAUGAUCGAAGAUACUCACAGAGAUAGUGAAAAUGAGGACUCUGUUAAUAUAGAGGAUAUUGAAAAUACUAUACAGUCUAGUACAGAAAAUUUGAUAACACAAGAAAUAUCAAAAGUAGAUAAUAACUUUGACAUUAAUUAUGAUCUAAUUAUAAAUAAUGGAGAUAAUGAAAAGAAAGACAAUAAAGAUGUGGAAGGAUCAAUUCAUCUUACAGUUGUCAAUACUAAUGAUAUUAAUGAAAAAUUAUCUGAACAGCAACGAACUAAGUGUUCUUUAGAUGUAUCAACUUCAGAAAAAUCUGACCUCAAAGUAGUUGAAAACACUAAAACCAAUAAAAAAGCAACAGACAAAGAAGAAAUGAGAUGUUCUCUUAAUAUAUUCUUAGAUGAAACUGACCUCAAAGUAGUUGAAAAUAUUAAAACCAGUGAAAAAUCUCCAGACAAAGAAGAAACAAAAUGUUCUCCCAAUAUGUUAGUUUCAAAAGAAACUGACCUCAAAGUAAUUGAAAAUACUGAAGUCAUUGAAAAAUCUUUAGACAAACAAAAAAUAACAUGUGCACCCAAUACAUCCUUAUCAAAUGUUAGCAUUAGUAAAAAUUCUGUAAGACAGGAAAAAAUUACUUGUUCAUUGGACGUGUCUGAUACAGAAAAAUCAGAAACAUGUAUGGCAAUUGAAAAUAUUUUAAAAAAAGAUACAGAAGAGACAAGUGUAUAGACUUCUAUUGGAAAGCAACAAAUCACCAAAACAAUUACUUAUAUGUAAGACUGAUUUUGUAAAUGCAUGUAAACUUAUGAAAAGAAAACACAAACAAAACAAAUUUAUCAUGAAGAACUAUGAUGAGAAAAUGAAUUGCUUAAUGUGAUGAGGGACAAUAUCUUUGAGAAAAAAGGUUCAUUGAAGGUAAAUUCAUAAAAGUAGUAAGAAAAGGGAAGUACUUACCAUGGCCAUAGAAGAUGACAUUCCCAUGCAUAUGGUAUCAUUAUAACAGGAUUAACAAAAUCAAGUAUGAAGUUAUAACAGAUCCAAGAAGGCAUUAAAAUGAUAUAAAAAUUAAUUUAUGAUGUUUAUUUUUGCUUUUGUUUUGGUUAAAAUUUUUGUUUAUUGUUUUUUUUAUAGUGAUAUAUAUGUGGUGUAUGCAUAUAUACAUACUACACAUACAUAACUCUAUUAAGAUAUGUUUAUUUCACUGUUUAAGUUUAUUACUCAUUUUAAACAAACUUCAAUAUUUUUCUUUGUAAUUAUUUAAUAAAAACUUUCAUGUGC